GUGCGCGGCAUGCGGAGUAGGACACGGGACGUGUUAGUGUUGGGCAGCCCCGGGAGCGUCUAACUACAGCAGCUCAUCACACCUACUCUGCCCACCAAUUGCCGCGGUGGAUUCUUUUAGUUAUUGAGCCGGAGCCGGACUGCAGGAGGUGGAUCUACCCUGACCGGGGUGUCACAGGGAUGACUCGUGUGCCGAACUAACGCUCCCUCAAUGGGAAAAGCUCUCUCACAAACUUCUCAGAGCUCCAGCUGCUGGGUGAGGACUGGACCCUAAGUCUGCCAGGGAUGGAUGCGUUCUGACAGAGACUCCCUUACCAGCUGAUUGCACGGCCUCAUGUGGGGGUCCUCAUUCCCCACCCACUGACACUUCGUAUGAAACUUGGCAAUGGAGCUCCAGGUCCUGUGUGGAGCACUUUUUUGGGUCUUGCUUCCUCUAUCCCUCUUGGCAGCAUGCGUCUUCCGAUACAACCUCCUUUCCUUGAUCUACUUGCUGUUUCUGCUGCUGCUACCAUGGUUUGUAGGACCCACAGCUCAGAGCAUGAGAGGUCACACGGGGCGUCUGAUGAAGGCUCUGCUCGCCAUCAGCAUACUCUUCCUCUCCGGCCAGCUCGUCUUCCAGCUGUGUCUGUAUACCGUGCCCGGGCUCGAUGACAUGCUGGGGCAUAACUGCACUACCUGGGAGAUUCUCGCUCAUCAUGUGGGGGUCACAAGGCUGGACUUCUACGAUAUCCCAAACACAGUGAGGAUGCUGUCCCCGGAUUUCGGCAUGUUCUUGGUUUCAGCAAUAUGUCUAGGCCUGUGUAACCGCUUGGUGAAACGAGAAAACCAGCUCCAGAAGUCGCGCAUGUCCACACUACUCUUGGAGCAGCUGGAAGAGGAGGGGGCAGAGAGCGGACAGCAGGAAAGCCGGGAAGAUGCCGAUGAAGAGGAGGAUAGCCAGACAACGCCAUACGACGAGGCUCUGGCCGUACGGAUCAAAGAGGCAGCGCACAGACUCCUGGAGGCCGUGGGGAAGUCUUUAGCCAUCCUGCUAUUAGCUCUCGCAGGUAUUACUGUCCCCUCUGCGUUCUCGGCUGCCUACUACCUGGUCUUUAUUGGGCUGUGCACGUGGUGGGCAUGUCACUUUCCCAUGAGCCACCUGGGCUUCCAUACGCUCUGUGUCAUGAUCGGAUUUUUUGCCGGAGGUCACACGAUCUGCCUUUAUAUUUACCAGACCGCUUUCAUCCAGCAAAUAUUUCCUCCUGAGCACCUGUGGGCCAGGUUAUUUGGUCUGAAUGACAUAAUUAUUCACCACAACUGCACAGGCACCAUUGAUGACCUCACUCUGAAUCAAAGCUUUGAUUGGCCGGUCUAUGUGAAUCCCGGGAUCCUGCUUAUGCUUUACUAUUGUGUCAUAUCGCUGCUGAAGCUGAGGACCUCCAAAAAAAGACUGCAAAGAUGUGGCCCCUAUAAGUCAGAGCGUGAAACAAUGGAGUUGGCAGAGAUGGAGCGAUACAAUAUGGGCGAGGAGACCAAGCCUAUGUUGCCAAAGACUGACGCAGCGGCAGAAAGGGAUCAGCAGGACUGCACCGUCCACGACCUCCAGCCUCCCUCUCGCCAGCAUCGAGAUGACGCUCAUGAGAACAGCAAGGACCCGUCCCCGCUUCACCUGCUGAGUAACGUCAUCCUGAGCCAGAGCUACGUGUGCGCGCUCAUUGCUAUGAUGGUAUGGAGUAUCACAUACCACAGCUGGCUGACCUUUGUACUGUUGCUCUGGGCUUGCCUCAUCUGGAUGGUGCGCAGCAGACGUCAGUGUGCAAUGAUCUGCUCGCCCUUCAUUCUCCUCUACGGUGUAACGCUCUGCAGCCUGCAGUACGUCUGGAGCAUGGACCUGAAGGCUGAACUUCCCACCCAAAUCGGCUUCAUGAGGCUGUCCCAGCUGGGUCUGGUGCGAGCGCAAUAUCCCUGUCUCAAUCUGGGAGCCAUGCUUCUCCUCACCUUGACAUUUUGGCUGCUGCUUCGUCAGUUUGUAUCAGAAAAGCUUCUGAAGCGUCGAAGGGUGUCCUCUGCCCUGAUGGAAGUGACGGUGCCGAGUGCAGGUCAAACGCCGAAGAAGAACCUGCUAAAAUGCCUGGGGGAGCAGGUGAUGAGCUUCUAUGCCAAAUACUGGAUCUACGUGUGUGGUGGGAUGUUCAUAGUGGUCAGCUUUGCUGGACGGCUUGUGGUAUAUAAGAUUGUCUACAUGUUCCUCUUUCUCCUGUGCCUUGUGUUCUUCCAGUUGUAUUAUUCACUGUGGAGGAAGCUGCUGACCUUUUUCUGGUGGCUCGUGGUGGCAUACACAAUGCUGGUCCUCAUUGCCAUUUACACUUACCAGUUUGAAGAGUUCCCCAUGUACUGGAAGAACCUGACAGAGCUUUCCGAUGAACAGUUAGGUGCUAUAGGUCUUGAACAGUUCAGUGUGUCUGAGCUUUUCACCAGUAUCCUGAUCCCAGGAUUCUUCCUCUUGGCAUGUAUCCUUCAACUACAUUACUUUCACCGGCCCUUCAUGCGCAUCACAGACCUGACAAGAGCCUCAUCCUCUGAAAGCAAAAUUUACCAUGGCUUCGAAAAGCCAAUCGAGGAGGAAGACGCAGCUGUCAUGCCCAGUGAAGAGGGUGCUGGGGAAGAGUGUCCAGAAGAAGGCUCCACGCAGGAAGCUCCUCUGAGUAAAUGGGAUUUGGUCACCCAGCGCCUCACCGUCUUGUUUUACAAAUUCUCCGAGCUGCUGCACAAGGUCCAGGUGUUCCUCUGGAGGAUUCUCGAACUCCAUGUACUGAAAUUGGUGGCUGUUUACAGUGUGUGGGUGUCUCUUCAGGAGAUCUCCGUGAUGAAUUUUCUGUUUGUGAUACUCUGGGCUUUUGCCCUUCCAUUUUCCCGAUUCCAGCACAUGGCUUCUUGUCUCUGCACUAUCUGGAGCUCCGUCAUCAUUGUCUGUAAGAUGUUGUACCAGCUAACGAUUGUUAACCCACAGGAGUACUCCAACAACUGCACACUGCCUCUCCCGAAUGCCACCAAUCUGCUGGAGGAAGAGGUCCUGAAUUCCUCCCUGUAUCGGGAACCGAUUGAUCCCGCCAACUGGUUCGGAAUACGCAAAAGUCAGCAAAACCUGGGAUACAUCCAGAAUCAUCUUCAAAUUCUCCUGCUGUUGGUGUUUGAGGCCAUAGUAUAUCGUCACCAGACAUUUUACCGGAAACGUUACCAGCUGGAGGUGCCUCGCCUACAGGCGGUGUUUCCAGAUGUAUACAGAGACCAUCUGGACCAGGGACUCCUGAGCUGUAUUAAAUACUUUAUCAACUAUUUCUUCUAUAAGUUUGGUUUGGAGAUCUGUUUCCUGAUGACGGUGAACGUGAUUGGCCAGAGAAUGAAUUUUAUGGUGAUCCUCCAUGGCUGUUGGCUGAUUGUGAUCCUUACUCGGCGGAACAGAGUCAACAUUGCUAAAGUAUGGCCAAAGUACUGCGUGUUCCUGGUUUUCUUCCUGUUGUGGCAGUACCUGCUGUGUCUGGGUAUGCCACCAGUCCUUUGCAUUGAAUAUCCCUGGAGAUGGGAUAAGUUUGUUCCUGUUAACUCUGCUCUAAUAAAGUGGAUGUAUCUCCCUGACUUCUACUCCCCACCUAAAGCGAUCAACCUGAUCAGUGACUUUUUGCUGCUGCUCUGUGUGUCUCAGCAGUGGAAAGUCUUUGUUAAUGAGAAGAAGGAGGAGUGGUACACCAUUGCUGGAGAGAACAUGGAAGUAUUGGAGCUGCCCAAGGACAGGCCCAACCCUGUGCCCAACUUCAUCAACUGUAGAUCAUACCUGGACAUGCUAAAAGUUGUGGUUUUCCGUUACCUCUUCUGGUUUGUUCUGGCUGUGGUCUUUGUCACGGGUGCCACCCGGAUAAGUGUUUUCGGUCUCGGAUACCUGAUGGCUUGCUUCUACCUUCUGCUUUUUGGCACGGCGCUCCUGCGGAAGCCAGUGAAAGCAAGGCUUGUUCUGUGGGACUGCCUGAUCCUCUACAACAUCACUGUCAUAUUGUCCAAGAACAUGCUGUCGCUUUUGUCCUGUGUGUUCGUUCAACAAAUGCAGACUAGUUUUUGUUGGGUCAUUCAAGUAUUCAGCCUGGUCUGCACCGUCAAAGGAUACUACAAUCCCAGAGAUAUUGCUAUGGACCGUGACUGUUCCCUGCCUGUGGAGGAGGCUGGUAUCAUCUGGGACAGUAUCUGCUUCUUCUUUCUCCUCCUGCAGAGAAGAGUCUUCCUCAGUUCAUACUUCCAGCAUGUUAUGUGUGACCUCCGUGCCAGCUCUCUGCAGGCCUCCAGAGGUUUUGAGCUGUACAUGGCCAGCAUCCGGAAGAACAUGCAUUCCCACCAGGAGACAGAGAGAAAAUCUCUUAAAAAUCUGAAGAAACAAAUGGAGAGGAUACGAGCAAAGCAGGAGAAGUACCACCAGGGCAGGAGGCAGAGUGAAACUGACCAGGACAAAUCUGGUGAGUCAAGAGGUCGGAAAGGACAGAAAAGAAAGAUCCACUGGAGCCGUCCCUGGUUAGACCACGCAUCAGUACUGCACUCGGGAGACUACUACCUGUUUGAAUCUGACAGCGAGGAGGAAGAUGAGCUGGUUCAGGAAGAUCAGAAGCCACCCAAGCAGAGUGCUUUCCAGCUGGCUUACCAGGCCUGGGUCACGAAUGCCAAAUCCGCCUUGAAGGAGAGAAAACAUCAGCAGAAGAUGGAGGCUGCAGUUGGGGAGCCUGGAACGGAAGGAAAGAAAGAUGGUGAGCAGGUCACACAGGAGUCUCCGGCAGAGAUGGACGCUGAGGAUGUGGUUAUGGAGGAGAAACAUGGUGGCAGCAAUGUCAUGCAGCGCAUACUUGAUGUCCUAAAGUUCAUCUGGGUUCUGCUGCUUGCCAUGUUGGAUGGACUAAUAGACUGGUUGGCUUCUCUUACCAAGCAGUAUGUGGAUAUGUCCACGGUGCUGUGGGUAGAGCGGUAUAUACUGACACAGAAGCUGUCUAAGGGGGAACAAGUGACCCGGAGGGUUCUCGAUUCGUUCUCUGAGACCGGGCCGGACCGGAAGACCCCUGGCUCCUCUAGUUUACUCACAGUGCCUACUUUAGACAAGGGAGUAGAGUCCCAAAACAGCAGUGGCUGUGAGGAAGAAGAGGUCCUUAGCAGCACGGCAGACUGCACAGAUAUCACCACUCCGCUUACAACGGGGUACAACACCAUUAACAACAGCCUGGAGCAGGUGUCUGGGGCCGGGGGCUGGGAAGACCCCAUGUCCAUAGAGGAAUCGCAGGAAAUCGAGCCAACGAAACGCUGCCGAACCGCCAGUGAACUGCUGAUUUAUAGGCCCCUCAGUUUCCUGGAGCUGUCCGAGUCCCAGCAGUUCUUCCAGUCUCAGAACAGGCUUCUGAAACUGCUCUUGGCGCUCUAUCACUUUGUGGCUUGUCAUUCUGAGCUGCUCUGUUACUUUAUCAUCAUCCUCAACAACAUGGUGAGCGCUUCACUGAUCUCUCUCUUCCUGCCCAUCCUCAUCUUCCUGUGGGCAAUGCUGUCAGUCCACCGACCCAGCAAGCGCUUCUGGAUGACGGCCAUUAUCUUCACCGAGAUCAUGGUGGUGGUUAAAUACCUCUUCCAGUUUGGUUUUUUCCCAUGGAACAGCUACACGGUGCUGGUGCGUAAUGAGGGAAAGCCGUUUUUCCCCCCACGCAUUCUCGGACUUGAGAAGAGCGACUCGUAUGUGAAGUAUGACCUCGUACAACUACUGACGCUCUUCUUUCAUCGGUCCCUGCUCAUGAGCUAUGGCCUGUGGGAUCGGAGGGACAUGAAUCCUGGAGAGAAACCUCUCAUUAAGGAAUGUGAACCGGAAAUCCAAGCGUCAGAGGAUCCAGAGCCCGCAGGAAGCAGCAACUCCACCUUGCGCCGGCGCAAGAGAGGGGAGUCCCAGGGCAGCGAGGCUGACAAAGAUUUGGCAAAGGAGAAGCCACGAGAGGCAGACAAGAAGAAGAAGUUACCAGCUGCCGUCAGAGUCAAGAUGAUGGGGGUUAAAGUGAAAAAUGUCUUUCUUUGCACUCUGCAGGGAGUAUACCAGCCCAUCAGAGCUUUCUUUCAUGACAUUCUGCACACCCCGUACCGAGCUGCCACCGAUGUCUAUGCUUUGAUGUUCCUGGCGGAUGUGGUUGACUUUGUGAUCAUAGUCUUUGGAUUUUGGGCGUUCGGAAAAUACUCGGCGGCUGCGGACAUCACCUCAUCGCUCUCGGAUGACCAGGUCCCUGAAGCUUUCCUGGUCAUGCUUCUCAUCCAGUUCUCCACUAUGGUGAUAGACCGAGCGCUCUACCUGCGAAAGACCGUUCUCGGAAAACUCAUCUUCCAGGUUAUUCUGGUGAUCGGCAUUCACGUCUGGAUGUUCUUCAUUCUACCGGCCGUCACGGAGAGGAUGUUCAGCCAGAACACGGUGGCUCAGCUGUGGUAUUUUGUGAAGUGCAUCUACUUUGCCCUUUCUGCGUACCAGAUCCGCUGCGGGUACCCAACUCGGAUCCUUGGAAACUUCCUGACAAAGAAAUACAACCACGUCAAUCUCUUCCUCUUCCAGGGGUUCCGUCUGGUGCCCUUCCUGGUGGAGCUGCGAGCUGUCAUGGACUGGGUAUGGACAGACACAACGCUCUCCCUCUCCAACUGGAUGUGUGUGGAGGACAUUUACGCCAAUAUCUUUAUCAUCAAAUGCAGCCGUGAGACCGAAAAGAAAUACCCCCAACCUAAAGGACAGAAGAAGAAGAAGAUGGUGAAAUAUGGCAUGGGUGGUCUGAUAAUCCUCUUCCUCAUCUGCAUCAUCUGGUUCCCCCUUCUUUUUAUGUCCUUGGUGCGUUCUGUGGUAGGGGUGGUCAACCACCCUAUUGAUGUUACGAUCACCUUAAAACUUGGGGGUUACGAGCCCCUCUUCACCAUGAGUGCCCAGCAGCAGUCCAUCCAGCAGUUCACCCCGCAGGAAUACGAAGCCCUCACCUACCAAUUUGAGAGACAGCCGAUAGCCAUGCAGUUCAUUUCCUUGUACAGCUUUGAGGACAUCGUGACGGCUCGAAUUGAAGGGAGCUCAGGUUCCCUGUGGGGAAUCAGCCCUCCAAGCCGCGAACAGAUGCGACGGGAACUCCAAAACGGAACAUCCGAUAUAACUCUGCGAUUCACCUGGAAUUUCCAAAGAGAUCUAGCAAAAGGGGGGACCGUUGAGCACACGUUUGAAAAACAUACCAAGGACCUGGAGCCCGGAAGCCUUGUGCGGAAGGAGUUGGCAGAUCUCUUGCUUGGGGAACGAGACACGCCAGUCUCUGUGCCGCACUUGUUUCCAAAAUAUAUCCGAGCCCCCAAUGGUCCGGAAGCCAAUCCAGUGAAGCAGCUGCAGCCAGAUGAGGAAGAGAACUACCUGGACGUGGAGGUUCAGUUAAACCGGAAAAGGAUUGGGUCGGGGAACAGCAGUAGUAGUUUUGUGGAGUGGUGGGUGAUCAAGCUGGCAGACUGUGAGAAUGAAGAAUGCAACAUUCUGCCCAUGGUCAUCUUCAACGACAAGGUCAGCCCUCCCAGCCUGGGCUUCCUCGCCGGAUACGGGAUUAUGGGUCUAUACGUUUCAAUUGUUCUGGUCAUUGGGAAGUUUGUGCGAGGUUUCUUCAGUGAGAUAUCUCACUCUAUCAUGUUUGAGGAAUUGCCUUGCGUGGAUCGGAUACUCAAGCUGUGCCAGGAUAUUUACGUGGUGCGAGAACGCGGAGAGCUGGAGCUGGAGGAAGAGCUGUACGCCAAACUUAUCUUCCUGUACCGCUCACCGGAAACCAUGAUCAAAUGGACAAUAGAGAAGGACUGAGGAUGGCAAACUUCCCAUAUGCAAAGAGAGGACUCCUGUACUUAAACUUUAUACGCUGGAGCCACCUGAACUCAAGGAAGUCUUGAUCCAAACAGGUGAUAUGGGCCACGUCUCUAAUACUACAAAUAUUUAUAUGCUAAGUUUGUAUUCAGCAGAACGGAGGCACACUACUGAUCCGAUGUGAAGAAAGGCCUGGACAGGAUUUAUAUAGCCCUGUGCGAUUGCCCUCUACUGGCAAGUAAAGGUCCAGCUUAAAGGACAGGACUCUU